AAAACUAAAAAUUGCUUCAUAUUUAAAAAGGGUAAAGAAAUGUGAGGCCUUUAAUUAACGUUCGCGUUAAAUAUUACAUAUCAUUUAAAUAAACCGUAAAAGAAAGAAUUUGCUCAACAAGGUCAUCGUUCCGAGUGAAGGUAGUGGUGUUUAUAAUGUCCAAAAAGCAAAACUCCAAUAGGAUUUUAAAUACACUCUCGAUAUCACUCCCGGAUGACCGACCAAUUACAGGGAUACAAGUUGUCGAAAGCUUAGAUAAGUGCCCCGACGGGUUUUCUGUGAUCAGUCGCACAUAUGAUCAAGAUCAAGACGCCGACUUGUGGCGUGAAGGUUCAUUUUUAAAAAGAAAAACCGAACGCUACCUAUGCUUGUCUAAAACUAAAGGACUGCCCGGUUAUAUUGUAGAAGAAAUACUUAUAGUUAACGAUAAAAUCCCUCCAGAAGGUUACUGCUUGUUAAGUCGAACUGUAGACACCGAACAAAAGGCGUGGCGUAAAAAGCAGCUGUGUUAUCGCCUAGUGCCAAGGAAGCAAGCCAUUUUGGCUGUAACCGAUAUUAUUAUUUGUAGUCGUUUAAAACGUGCCCCGGAAGGCUUUUCUUUAGCAGGGGAGAUAAACGGAGUAGUUAUUUGUUAUAAAAUGGGCAACGUGCAAGAUUCGGAGGCGGAUCAAGGGCAUAAUGGAAAUAAGCCGCCGGAGAGACCGCCGAAACCGGCACCAUAUCCUCCUACUUCGUCAGUGUACCCAAAUAUAGAUAGCGAUCACGAUUACGAAAUUCUAAUGCCAGAUUACAAUCGCAGAUCGAUGCCAGUAAGACCUGCCCCUUUGACACCUGCACAAAUUGGUCCCCCAACACAUACUAUAUCACCUACCCAACAUUCUCUAGCCGGAGUUCCAUUCGUCAUUAAUCCCAAAUUUUUGAAUGCUGCUAAUAGUGACAAGGCGCAACUUCCACUAAUCAAAGCGCGAACAAUGCAACAGUUGAUGAAGGAUUAUAAUUACAGCUUUUCUGUAGAGAGACAGUAGCUACAGAACAUUGGAAGUGAAUCAUCAUUUUAUUGUGAAUAUGUUUUGUGUCAUGUAUUUAUUAUUUAGAUUCUUAAAAGUGUGAUAAUACCUAGGUAGCAUGUUUAAUACACAAAAGUGACCACUGUUAGCUUGUCAACAAAAGCGCAUCUAUUUUUUUUAUAAUUUUUAUUUUAAAAGCUCCUUUAUGCAGUAUACAACAAGCAGAAGACUACUUCACAUUAAGUAGGUGCUCCAGUUUUAACACAAAUCGUACAUUAGCGUAAUUUUUAUAAUGUAUAUGGCUGAUUUAAUAUUUGUAUAUAUUGAUAAUUCAGAUUAUAGUGCUACUAACAAGAUCUAUUCAUAUUUGUGCCAAUUUUUUUAUUACAAUUGUGUUUCAAAUAAGUACAUAUAAUGUCACAUUAAGCAUUUAGUUAGGGUAGACCAAACAAUAAAUUACUAAUACAUUAGUUAUUUGUGAAUUGUAA